UUCUCAAAUGAUUACCUUCUUAGUUAAUAAAUAUAUAAAAUAAGAUAAGUAACAAUUAUUUAUAAAUGAGUAUAAAUCAAGAAUUUGGGAAUAGGAGGCGUCAGAUAAUACCAUCUGCGAGAAGAAGCAUUCAUUCUCACGGUCGGUUCGCCGACGCAGGGGAUAUGGCGCGGUAUGGCGAUGACAAUAGCAGCAACGACGAGCGCGAGGAGGACGCAGGUGGGGUUGACGAGGUGGACAACGUUAUGAGCAAAUUUUCUGAUACUUCGAGCCCAGUUGCCAUGAGGAGAAGAAAUUCUUUGACACCCCAAAAUCUACAAUACACAGAUGAUUCUGAUGAACACGGUGUCCUAGCCAAGUCCUUACCCGCCACACUCCCGUCACGUUCAUAUUACAGUGACGACUUUGAUAGUUGGCGGUCGCUGAGCACACAUCUUAAUAAGUCCGACUCAGUAUCGCCCCGGCUUCGCGGCAAUAGAAGCGCUGACAGUCGAAACUCUAGCUUCGCCAGCAGAUCUCCAAACGUUUCCCACAGAAUAUACCAAUCGAGCAGAGAACAAGAACAAAAAACCACAGGAAACAUACCCAAAUACUUAGUCGGUCUGUUGACCGUGUUAUGCGCUACGUAUUAUUAUGAUUUGUUUAGCUCGUCAGACCAGCAGGCUAGAUAUGAUGAGAUGAAAUUUCGCAGUGAUCUGAAUGAAUUGGGAGCGAAAUACAAAGUAACUGACGACUCGAUACUACAGUUACAAGCAGGAAUAUCAACGAUAUUUGAGAGAGAAGAUACUAGCUGUUUUAUAUUUCUUUAUAACAGCCAAAAAAUUGAUUACGAUCCUAGCGAGUUUGAUGGGUUCGUUGACAAUGUGGUUUCAAGUACGGCCAAAUUUUUACGUAACUACACGACACCAUCCAAGCACCGAGUCGUAGACGGCGCCGACUUAAACAUGGGCAGUCACACUCAACUGGUCCGCGCCUACCAGGACGACAUAGCGACGGCGGGGGUGCUCCUCGUCAAGGACGUCGCCCUCGUGCCGUCGACGCUCGCCAUGGCCUUCCACUACUACUGCGACGAGUACCAGCCACUAGUCAGGAAGAGCGCCAUAUUCUUCACUUUGAACACCGCCAAAUGCCACAGUUCAGGCGAAAAAUCAUCUCAUGCAUCCGCGGAAAGAUGCCUAAAGGAAAAAUGGAAUACCGUCCCUAAAGACAACAUCGGGCCCCUGCUGACCAGGGUAGCGAACGUCGUGGUCGAUGUCACCGGAGACGUGUAAACUUCCUAUGAAAAUUACCCCUGAAAUAAGGGGCCGAAUCU